GAAAAAGUAGAAUAUGCCUUCUUGAUUAUUUUUACAAUUGAAACAUUUUUGAAGAUUGUAGCAUAUGGAUUAUUAUUACACCCCAACGCAUAUGUUAGAAAUGGAUGGAAUUUACUGGAUUUUGUAAUAGUUAUAGUAGGAUUGUUUAGUGUAAUUUUGGAACAAUUAACCAAAGAAACAGAAGGGGGUAGCCAUUCCGGUGGCAAACCAGGUGGUUUUGAUGUAAAAGCUCUAAGGGCCUUUCGUGUCCUGAGACCCCUCCGGCUUGUAUCAGGAGUGCCCAGUUUACAAGUUGUCCUGAAUUCAAUUAUAAAAGCCAUGGUACCCUUACUCCAUAUUGCCCUUUUGGUAUUAUUUGUAAUCAUAAUCUAUGCUAUUAUAGGAUUGGAACUUUUUAUUGGAAAAAUGCACAAAUCGUGUUAUUUUGAAGAUUCAGAAAUAUUAGUUGAAGAGGAACCUGCACCUUGUGCAUUCUCAGGGAGUGGACGUCAGUGUCCCCAAAAUGGCACUGAAUGUAAGGGUGGCUGGCCUGGACCAAAUGGAGGCAUAACAAACUUUGAUAAUUUUGGUUAUGCAAUGUUAACGGUAUUCCAGUGUAUAACCAUGGAAGGAUGGACAGAUGUGCUAUACUGGGUAAAUGAUGCAAUAGGAUGUGAGUGGCCAUGGAUCUAUUUUGUUAGUCUUAUCAUUCUGGGCUCAUUUUUCGUACUUAACCUGGUACUUGGUGUACUUAGUGGAGAAUUUUCCAAGGAAAGAGAAAAAGCCAAGGCCAGGGGAGAUUUUCAAAAGCUACGUGAGAAACAACAGCUAGAAGAAGACCUCAAAGGUUACUUGGAUUGGAUUACCCAAGCAGAAGACAUUGACCCAGAGAAUGAAGAGGAAGGUGACGGAGAAGGCAAACGAAAUACAAGCAUGCAAGCAAGUGAGACCGAAUCAGUGAAUACAGAAAAUGUGGCUGGUGAAGGAGAGACCACAUGCUGUGGAAAUUUGUGUCAAAUUAUCUCAAAAUCCAAGUUCAGCCGACGCUGGCGUCGAUGGAACCGCUUUAGCCGAAGACGAUGCAGAGCAGCUGUAAAAUCUGUUUCUUUUUAUUGGUUAGUCAUUGUCCUGGUCUUCCUAAACACAUUAACUAUCUCAUCUGAGCAUUAUAAUCAGCCUGACUGGCUAACAGAAAUACAAGAUAUUGCAAACAAAGUCCUUCUGGCUUUAUUCACCUGCGAAAUGUUAAUAAAAAUGUACAGUCUUGGGCUGCAGUCUUACUUUGUGUCCCUUUUUAAUCGUUUUGACUGCUUUGUGGUCUGUGGCGGCAUUGUUGAAACCAUCCUGGUGGAGCUGCAAAUUAUGUCCCCUCUCGGAAUUUCAGUGUUCCGCUGUGUCCGUCUCCUCCGUAUUUUUAAAGUCACCAGGCACUGGACAUCCCUGAGCAACUUGGUAGCAUCCUUGUUAAACUCAAUGAAGUCCAUUGCUUCACUGUUGCUUCUGCUUUUCCUCUUCAUCAUAAUCUUCUCAUUGCUUGGAAUGCAGCUGUUUGGAGGCAAAUUUAAUUUUGAUGAAACUCAAACAAAACGGAGCACCUUCGAUAAUUUCCCACAAGCCCUUUUAACUGUAUUCCAGAUUCUAACAGGUGAAGACUGGAAUGCUGUUAUGUAUGAUGGCAUUAUGGCAUAUGGAGGCCCAUCUUCAUCGGGAAUGGUAGUCUGUAUUUACUUCAUCAUCCUCUUCAUCUGUGGUAACUAUAUCCUGUUAAAUGUCUUUUUGGCUAUUGCGGUUGAUAACCUGGCAGAUGCUGAAAGUCUGAACACAGCUCAGAAAGAAGAAGCUGAAGAAAAGGAGAGAAAAAAGAGUGCCAGAAAAGAGAGUUUGGAUGCUAAAAAGGGGGACAAACCAGAGGGUGAAUCAAAGAAGGCCAAGGAUACUAAGGUUAUAAUCAAUGAAUAUGGAGAAGAACAAGAAGAAGACAAAGAUCCGUAUCCACCUUGUGAUAUCCCAGUAGGUGAAGAGGAAGAAGAGGAAGAAGAGCCAGAAGUACCUGCAGGUCCCCGACCCCGAAGAAUAUCAGAACUUAAUAUGAAGGAGAAGAUGACACCAAUUCCUGAAGGCAGCUCCUUCUUUAUUUUCAGCACUACAAACCCGAUUCGAGUGGGUUGUCAUAGAUUAAUCAAUCACCAUAUUUUUACCAACCUCAUUCUUGUCUUCAUCAUGCUCAGCAGUGCUUCCCUUGCAGCUGAAGACCCUAUUCGCAGUCAUUCUUUUCGAAAUAAUAUACUUGGUUAUUUUGACUAUGCUUUCACAGCCAUCUUUACUGUGGAAAUCCUUUUAAAGCUGACCGUGUUUGGAGCCUUCCUUCAUAAAGGGUCUUUCUGCAGAAAUUAUUUUAACUUGCUAGACUUGUUGGUAGUGGGUGUUUCCCUUGUGUCAUUUGGCAUUCAAUCAAGUGCUAUAUCAGUUGUGAAGAUUCUGAGAGUUUUAAGAGUCUUAAGACCAUUAAGGGCUAUUAACAGAGCAAAAGGACUUAAGGUUUCUAUCUGA